ACGACAGAUUACGCAUGCUCAAACCGGCUCGUUUACCCUCGAAGUACAAUCCCACUUGUAGCCGUCUGUGUGCCCUCACCUUCAGCCAUCUUAACCAUGUUGGGUGCCGUGGGACGGAGCUGCAGCGGGGCACUGAAGGCUGUGAAGCCCGGGAUCAACUCUUUAAACACUAUCAGCGGCACACAUGCAGCUCUGUCACUGAGUAAGUGGAAACACCGACUGUCAGCGUUUAAUGUUAGUCUUUGCAUGUUGUUACUUAAACAUAUACAUGCUGUGUGAUUCAGGCCCCGAAAUAAGCAUUAAGUUUCCCCAUUCAUUUGCCAUAAGUAUGCCCCUAUUCUCUGAAAGCAGUUAAAACAAGAGAUAAACAGAAACUUGUGCACUUGAUACUUUGAUCAUAUCCCGGAGCUUAAAUCAUGUCUUGAACCAUUGUGUCAGUGAAUGACCUUUCCAAGUACCUUAGUGCAAGUCAGUGUCCCUCACACACCUCCUGAAAGAACUUUUAACCAGCGAGCAAGUAGCAACAAAAUAUCAGCAAUGCUAUCUUUAAGCAGAGCAUUAGAAAAAAUAUCUGUAUAACUGUGAUAACUUGAGCUCACGUUGCAUUCAAAGCUGAUAAAUCUAUGUAUAUUUUGAUCCCUGUUUUUAUCUGUUUAAGAUGUUUUGAAUUUUAAAUCCAGUUGGUGUUUCGGUAUGUCAAAGACAACUUAACUCACAAAUCUAUUUCUGUCAUUGUCCUUUCUCUGUCUCUGUCCUUGCAGGCAGGAGUUAUGCUGCCCCAGCUGCUAAGGCAGGCCUGGCCAAUGGCCGCAUAGUCGCUGUUAUUGGUGCUGUUGUUGAUGUCCAGUUCGAUGAAGGCCUUCCUCCUAUCCUCAAUGCACUGGAGGUGCUGGGCCGGGAGAGCCGGCUGGUGCUUGAGGUGGCACAGCAUCUGGGCAAGUUUGCUUAAAUGAUACUAAUGUACAAACACUGUUGAUGAAAUAAUGUUUGGAUGUCUUUAAAAAACCUACUAACAGUGUCUUUGUUGUCUUCUCAGGUGAAAACACAGUCCGGACUAUCGCUAUGGAUGGCACAGAGGGGUUGGUCCGGGGUCAGCAGGUUCUGGACACUAGAGCUCCUAUCAGGAUCCCUGUGGGCCCUGAGACCCUGGGUAGGAUCAUGAAUGUCAUUGGAGAGCCCAUUGAUGAGAGGGGUCCAAUCAGCACCAAACAGUGAGUGUGAAGGAGAUGAUCAUCAUGCUUCGGUUAUGUUUUUCUUCAUGUCAACAAAUCUUGGCUCAUGACUGAUAUCAACAUGAAAAAAAACAAAACAUUGUGCUGUUUUCAGAAAAUAGAAUAAAAUGUACAGUUACAAUUGACUACCCUGGCUCUCUAUAGAAUUUGUUUACAGUAAGAAAAAUAAUCCCAAGCAUGUCGCUGUCUAAGCAGUAUAUUUAUUGUCUUGCAGGACUGCUCCUAUCCACGCUGAAGCCCCUGAGUUCACAGACAUGAGUGUGGAGCAGGAGAUCCUGGUCACUGGUAUCAAAGUGGUAGAUCUGCUGGCACCCUACGCUAAGGGCGGAAAGAUUGGUUGGUGGACUGUGUGACACCUUAGAUUUCAUGAUAUUCGGCAUUAGCAAUUGCUUUGAAAUUAAUCGUUGCGUUCUUUUAGGCCUGUUUGGCGGUGCUGGUGUUGGCAAGACUGUGUUGAUUAUGGAGCUGAUCAAUAAUGUGGCCAAGGCUCAUGGUGGUUACUCAGUGUUUGCUGGAGUGGGCGAGCGAACCCGUGAAGGAAAUGACUUGUACCAUGAAAUGAUUGAGUCUGGCGUCAUUAACCUUAAAGACACCACCUCAAAGGUAACACCCAAAAUGACCUACUUGGUUUUAAAAACAAAAGUAGACUCUCUUUGCCUUUUUAAUGAUUUGAACUGUGUUGAUAAAUUUAGUGCAAAGAAAUCAUCCUUGUCUGGAUUUUUUAGGUAGCUCUGGUGUACGGCCAAAUGAAUGAGCCUCCAGGUGCCCGUGCCAGAGUCGCUCUAACUGGUUUGACUGUUGCUGAAUACUUCCGUGAUCAGGAGGGCCAGGAUGUACUUCUUUUUAUUGACAACAUCUUCAGGUUUACCCAAGCUGGAUCUGAAGUGAGCAGUAGAUUUUGUCAUUGUUCAUUAACAUGUACAAAAUAAUGCUUUUUCUGCUCUUAUGUCUGGGUUUUGUUAUCUUUCAGGUGUCUGCUUUGUUAGGUCGUAUCCCCUCUGCUGUGGGUUACCAGCCCACCCUGGCCACUGAUAUGGGGACAAUGCAGGAGAGAAUUACCACCACCAAGAAGGGCUCCAUCACCUCAGUACAAGUGAGAGGACAAAAUAACCUAUCCCAGAGUCAGCACAGCCUUGUUUUUCUAGUUUAUUCUCACUACCCAUGCUCUGUUUGCUACAGGCCAUCUAUGUACCAGCUGAUGAUUUAACAGACCCCGCUCCUGCUACAACUUUUGCUCACUUGGAUGCAACAACGGUGCUGUCCAGAGCUAUUGCUGAGCUUGGAAUCUAUCCUGCUGUGGACCCCCUGGAUUCCACCUCUCGUAUCAUGGACCCUAAUAUUGUGGGGUCUGAACACUAUGAUGUUGCACGUGGUGUGCAGAAGAUUCUUCAGGCAAGCCUAGUGUUGGAUUUUACAAAUUCGGAGUGGCUGUCAACAAUUUUACUAAUCUAAAAAUUGAACUAAUACACAAUUUCCCCCUUUUUUCUUCUCUUUUUAGGACUAUAAGUCACUGCAGGACAUCAUUGCCAUUCUUGGUAUGGAUGAACUGUCCGAGGAAGACAAGCUAACUGUAGCUCGUGCUCGUAAGAUCCAGCGUUUCUUGUCACAGCCCUUCCAGGUAGCAGAGGUCUUCACUGGUCACUUGGGGAAACUGGUCCCUCUGAAGGAAACAAUCAAAGGCUUCCAGAGCAUUCUGGGAGGUAGGGUGUUGCACCAACUUUAAAAACAAAAACUAUUACUUAUGUGAGGAGCCUUGUGGGCAUUAAAAUAUACUUUUCUGUGUUCCAGGUGAAUAUGAUGCCCUGCCAGAACAAGCUUUUUACAUGGUGGGUCCAAUUGAAGAAGUUGUCCAAAAAGCUGAGAAACUUGCAGAAGAACACUCUUAAGUGAUUUCUUUCUAAGAUUUUACAACAUAAAUGUUUGUACAGUGAAUUUUCUAUGUGUGGUACUUCUAACCUCAUGUAAAGUAUGUUAUUGUGAAUUUAUUUCUCUCAGAGGGAAAAUAUUAAAGAUUAAAAUAAACAGUGAUAUUCAUUGUCAUGAUAUAUCAACAUGAGUGUGAGCAGGUCAGGGCAGAUACAUUUAAAUAAAAAAUAUUUGCUUUCAUAAAAAAUAUCUCACUAUGCUGGAGUUUAGCCCGUCAAGUGGCGAAGUUUCUUGUUUAACUCCCUUUCUUGUAUCAGAAGGUUGCUGCUGUGCUCCUUGUAGGCUUCAAAAUCCUUAGAAUAAACAAAAGAACAAAAUAUAUUCAUUAUAUUUUCAGUUGUAUGUGGGUCAAAUACAGUAUCAAUUACUGUGAAAUUCAACCAACUUUUUUGAACUGGCAGUAUUUAGUUGUGGCUUCAUUCAGAGCAGACUGGAGAGACUUCACUUUUAAAUCUGCAUUAACAGUUUCUGCGUCCUUCUGAAACCUGCAGCAGCAUCAGAGACAAAUACAAGCAGACUGAUCAUACUCAUGGACAUUUUUCUUAGCAGUUGUACAUAGUGUAUACUUACCUGUCCUCUGCUUUGGCCCUGGUCUUUUUCUCCUCUUUCAAUUUCAACCCUAGCUGGUGGAUUUCCUCUUGCUUCUCCUGUACAUGAGACAAAUCGUGGUGCUCAGUAAGGGUUUAUCUGCUUUGGCUUGGUAUUCUGGAGAGAACAGUGAUUUAGAUCACCUGUAUCAGUUUUCCUCUUUCCAUGGACAGGUUUAAUAAUUUGUCCUUCUCUUUGUUGAGGCUUGUUAUACUUUCUUUCAUUUGGAUUUCUCUCUGAGUAAGCUCUUCUUCAGUCUUCUGUAGCUUCAGCUUGAGGUCUAAUCAUAAUAAAAGGGAAGAAAUGAACCAACAUCUGCCAUUUUUUACUGUCCAACAGAGAAAACUGUUGACUUCUCACCUUCACACUGGUCAGCAGUGUCUCUUUGCUGUUGCUGAGCGUCAUGCAGUUGAGCAAGUAGCAUUGCCUCUUUGGCCUGGUGCUGGCUUGCUUGUUCUUGGAGAUUUGACUGGCACUCUGCUAGUUUCUCCCUUCAACAUAGAGUUUACAGAAUUGAAGUUGUCAGUGCUACAGAAGAAGGAAAACUUGGGCUGCGACCUGUGGUUAUUCAAAUUUUCAUACAUUCGCUGAUUACAAUUUGCAAAGGGGGAUCUAAACUUCUUUAACAUGCUAAAACCUGGCACUUUAAGUGACAUUACUAAUAGUUUAACAGCUGAAACAAAUUUGGAAUAACACACAAACGGCAAAUCCUUAUGCAACUGUAACUGGAGUCAGUGAGUUGGUAAUUAAACUGGAUAUACUGCUUAGGAGUUAAAAAAUAUUUACUGUUAAACUCACAAUUAUUGUCUUACCGGUAUUCAUUCUCUUUAUUUGUGUGUUUCUCUGUCAGCAGUUUGAUAUCUUGCAUUAGCUUUUGAACAAGCGUGUCUUUAUCUUGUAACUGCUGAGAGAAGAGUGUGUCAUUUUCAGCCUGUAGCUUUUUGUUUUCCUGCUUCAGAAGGCCGUUUUGCUUUUUGUACUCAUCCAUGAAAGUAAUAAUUGCUUGAUUGUUGCUUGAUAAAUCCAUAAAUCUCUUCUCUGUUAGAUCUGCCUUCUUCCUUUUGUUCUCCAGCUCUGUCUGGCAAUCUUUCAUGCAGCACUCCAGCUCUUGGUUGAUUUUUUGAAGGGCUUCACAUCGAAGAAGCAGCUCAUCUGCUCUGUGCUUCAGCAUGCUGAUCAGACUUGACUGUUCAUCUAGUCUGGACCGCAGCAUCCCAGUCUCUGUUGAAUCUUCUGCGGAGAGGCUUCGUAGUUUUCCCAGUGUCCUCUGAAAAUCGUCCAAGUGCUGAAAACAGGCAAGAGACCAAUGUUAAAAAAUGGGCACCUGCAGCUUCAUGGCAUAAUGAUGCUGUGUGGGACUAGGGCUAAAUUGGGGGGGUGUUCAUAACUGACAUUACAAAGUGUUUAAACAACUUAAAGGGAUAUUCAAAUGUAAAAUUAAUUUAGGGUCAAACAUACUGUAACACCAAGUUAGACCCCCCCUCGAGAGAUGAAUGUUGCCGACCGCUUGCUCCUCUAGUUAAACCAACUUUUGAAAUGACCGCACGAUAGCAAUACACAGCGGUCUGAGGAGCCAUACACAAACCUCAACCAAAACGCCACUCUAUCGCCACAAAUAAUGCUCAGAACAGCACCUAACUUCAUCAACAGUUCAUAUAGGGUCCCAGCCAUAGCACUAGCCACCAAACAUCUUUU